CUCAAUUGUAACCUACCACUAUUUAUUUCAGUUCAUGUUUUGUUAGUGUGUUUUACCUCGAUAAAUUGUUUUAUAUUAGUGCUAAACUGAGAUGGAUGACGAACAAGAAACCUACAAACUAUGGAGAAUUAGGAAGACCGUAAUGCAGCUUUGCCAUGACCGUGGUUAUCUAGUUACUCAAGAUGAAUUGGACCAAACUUUAGAUCAAUUCAAGGAACAGUUUGGUAAUAAGCCUAGUGAAAAGAGGCCAGCUAGGAGUGAUUUGAUAGUUCUUGUUGCCCAUAAUGAUGACCCAACAGAUCAAAUGUUUGUCUUCUUCCCAGAUGAACCUAAAAUUGGAAUUAAAACUAUCAAAACAUAUUGUCAAAGAAUGCAAGAAGAGAACAUACACAGAGCCAUUAUAGUUGUUCAACAAGGUAUGACUCCGUCUGCCAAACAGUCUCUUGUUGAUAUGGCUCCCAAGUAUAUUUUGGAACAGUUCUUAGAGUCUGAAUUGCUGAUUAACAUCACAGAGCAUGAAUUAGUACCUGAACAUGUUGUUCUCACACCAGAGGAAAAACAAGAAUUGUUAGCUCGUUAUAAACUGAAGGAAAACCAACUGAUGCGAAUUCAAGCUGGUGAUCCUGUAGCUAGGUAUUUUGGUUUGAAAAGAGGACAGUGUGUUAAAAUCAUCAGAUCAUCUGAAACUGCUGGACGGUAUAUUUCUUAUAGGCUGGUUUGUUAAUUUUUAAAUAAGGUCUAUUGAACUAUGUAUUAUAUUUUUAUAUUAUGUUUUAAUAAAUAUUGUAAGCUU